ACGAGAUUCUAGUCUUUUGCUGCGAACGUUGUAAACGUUGGUGAAUCGGUAGUCGGGGUAUAUUAGUAUCGCAAAGCGCAUAUAUUCGACUUCGUAAUAUAAAUACCACCUGUCCAUAAACUGCUGACGCGAUGUUAAGUUUUCGUGGUAGUUGCUAAUCGUUUCGAGUUUAAUUUUCUUUUUUCUCUCGUGAAAACUGCGGAAACAUGUCGAACGGGAAGCUAAACAAUCACGCUGACAAAGUGCGAUUGUGUUACAUCAAAAAAGUGGACAAUUUCGACGGUUACGGAUUUAACUUGCACGCCGAAAAGGGUAAGCCCGGCCAAUACAUAGGAAAGGUAGACGAAGGUUCGCCGGCCGAAGCAGCUGGGUUAAGACAAGGCGAUAGAAUCCUGGAAGUUAAUGGCGAAAGCAUCGCGAAUAAAACGCAUAAACAGGUGGUGGAGUUGAUAAAGCAACAUUCGGACGAAACGAAAUUGUUGGUAGCGGACGCCGAAGAUGAUGGUAUUAUUCAUACCGAACCGACCAAACAAGAAACGAACGAAGAAAAUCAAAACAACCACACGACGAAGAGAGAGAAGGAAGAAAAUGGGACGCUGAAUCUUAGCAUGACCGCUGCGGAGUUGAGGGCCAAAUUGGCGGCGAAGAAAAAAUUCGACCCCAAAAAAGAAGCAAUGGAUUUCAAGCAGAAGUUUGAUAUCGUGCAAAAACUCUAAUAACAUACAUAUACAUUAACGUGUAUGAAUUCAAUCGCGUUAUUUUCUGUGAAACGGUUGCUAUUGUGAUUUUUGUGACAUUACGAGGAAGGAUUUGUGUCGUCGGGGUACUAAUAGACCGUAAAAUUCUCUUAGCGAAAAUGUACUUAAAUUUUGUGGCGUUUUAUAAAUAUAGCCAGUCAAUAUAUUGCGAAUUAUAAGAAAAAAUUAACGGCUAAUUACAAACCAAAUUAAUGGUCGGCAAAAAGUUGUUAGUUGUAAUCAGUAUUAAUUGAGGAAAUCCAAGAAAUCUAUAAAAACUAUCGUUUAUUUUAAUUUUCUAGAACACACGCUGGGGUCAUUUAAAAAUAGAAAUCGCCCGCAGCUGAUCCGUAUUGAAAAAAAAAAACGGGCAUCUUUUUGCUCUCGUAUACGUAUAGAAAUAAAUAAAGUCACUAUAUUACAGUAUACAACUUUAUAUUAGCAUCAGAAUCGCAUAUUUAUUUGUUAUGAAUUAAUGUUCGUACAUAUAGCUUUGCGACAAGCGUUCCAUAUUGUUUUAAGUAGAAUAUCGAUUAUAUUUUUGUAAAAAAAUCUCUGUUGUAUAAUUAUAAGCAUGAACAAAUAAUAAAACGUAUUAUUAUAAAGAUGGCGAUGGAUAUUUCGUUUCCGAACUGCUUUUAAUUUAAAUACAGCUUCUAGCACCCAUUAUUUCUAUUUUAUUCGACGCCAAUGCC